AUGGAGGAAAGGGCACAGGAUUCCCCAUCCCCCCCACAGAUUCAGAGCAACCUCUCGGCGUUGUCCCAAAGGUUCACACCACAACAGCUGCUGACGGCUUCGGCCGUCAUGAAGGCAAUGGCUGAACUGUCCUCGGGGAGGACAGAGGGAAAUCAGAUCGUGGUUACCGGCAGUCGCCCGGGUGCGAUGCCGGUUAGAAAUCUCUACGAAACCCUAGAGCAUGAAGUGGUACUGCCAGCACAACCUGAACCAAUACUUAUACGCAGUGAAAAUCCGGGUAGAAGAAAAAGGCAUAGCUCUCGGCGCAGAGAAAGGUCCACUAGACGCCGAGAGUCGGUAUCAGAACAAGAAGGGUCGGUUCCUGCUGGUAGGGAAUCGACACCGUACCACGAGGAGUACAUCGUGCAAUCUCCACAGCCGGGUUGGAAUAGAUAUGAAGGAUAUAUACCUCACCAGGAGCCGAUGAGGCGAACCAUACACCCCAAAGACUCCCCACUAUGCAGGGGUAUACUGGAACAGCCUGUGGAGAAAGUAAAGAUGCCGACGUGCAAAUACAACGGAACCACAGACCCCGAAAAUUAUUCCACCGCUUUCGAACAACACAUGAUGCUGUAUUCUGACUCAAAUGCCAUGUGGUGCAAAGUGUUCCAAACCACAUUAUCAGGGGUGGCAGCCGAUUGGUAUAAGAAGUUGCCGGCUAGAUCGAUAUUCAGUUUUCGGCAGAUACAAGAGGACUUUGUGAGGCGAUUCAUUAGCAAGGUUGAACGAAAGAAAACAUCUGGAGAGUUGAUGUCAAUCUCACAAAGGCCGAAAGAACUGCUGAGAGAGUACCUUACCCGGUUUAACAACGAAUCCAUCACCAUACCAGAUUUACAGCAAGAAAUAGCCGUCUUGGCUCUGUUGAGAGGGAUGCAAGAGUGCGAGUUCAAAAGGUACCUGGGAAGAAAAUCAUUUACCUCGCUGGGGGAGGCCUUGAGAAAAGCAAAUGAGUAUAUCAGAAGUGAUGAGCUGAUGCUAAUAUCACCCCUGGGGGGAAAUCAGGCAGUACAAUCGGCCAGGAAGGAUCAUGUUCCCAUACAGCAACACAAUUACCGAAAAGAUAACAGUAGAAAGGAGGGCCAUCAGCAGAGAGGGGGAUACCCGAAUAGACAGCCGGUAGGGGCUUAUCAGGUGUACACUCCCCUCAACACCGCCAGAGCUACUAUCUACGCAGUAAAUAAAUCGGCAUCGUGGAGAAAACCAUUAUCGAUGGAUGCUCCAGGUAACAAUAAGAAUUUUUGUGCUUUUCAUAAUGAUCAUGGUCAUUACAUGGAGCAUUGUAAAGAGCUCAAGGAUAACAUCGAAGAGCUGGUAAGAAGGGGAUACCUGUCCCAGUACAGGAUUCGACAGGAAGGCCAAGGAGGAAAUAAUAGACAGGGCAGUUCGCAUAGUCAUGCCCCAUAUAUACCUACUCAGCCGGGGUAUUCACAGCCCGCUGGUAGGAUUGAACAGGCACCACCAUCCCGACAAGAAAUCCGGUCUUUACCGGAAACGAGUAAAGAUGGGGCUGAUAGGGGAAAAAGACCCACUAUCUGGGUGAUCUCUGGAGGGCCCGUGCAUGGAGGUACAGUUAGCGGGGCGAUAAAAAAUCUAGAGGAGCACAGGCACCUGGUGAGUUACCAUAGCGCAAGGAAAUGGCCGGAACAAACCCCCCUACCGGUCAUCACGUUCACUUCGGAGGAUUGCCGCGGCAUUAUAUAUCCCCAUGAUGACCCGCUGGUACUGGAGCUCGAGAUAGCAAACUUCCCCGUCAAGAGAUGCCUGAUUGAUGGAGGCAGCUCUGCGAACAUCAUAUUUUGGGAAGCUUUCACCCAGCUGAACAUAGAUCACGGAGAGUUAGCAAGGGUGAGCUAUCCCGUUAUCGGAUUCUCUGGGGCCAGCGUCUACCCAGAAGGCAGUAUCCGUUUACCGGUUCAAGUGGGCAGAGGAGUAUCAGCCAGGGACUUAAUGGUCGAUUUUUUGGUGAUAAAAGUACCAGCAGCGUAUAACGUAAUAAUUGGUCGACCAUUUAUUCAUGAUGCACAGGCGGUGGUGUCCACGUAUCAUUUGACCAUGAUAUAUCUCUCAAAUCUGGAAAGAACAGAAAGGGUACAUGGCAGUCAGGAGACUGCCAGAUCAUGUUAUCUGACAGCGAUAAAGGCACCAGGAAGGAUGGUGCCGAAAACCAACCUUGCCCGAGAAGCAAACAUGCCAACCAAAAGAAAGAGAGGGGAUCUGAGCAUGGAAAAUUUUGAUGAAAGGCCUGCUUGCAUCCCAAGGCCGGCUGCAGAUGGAGAAACUCGGGAAAUUGAAUUGGUAGAAGGAGUUCCAGAAAGAACGGUACGAAUAGGUGCCGAUAUGGAGGCAGAUCAGCAGGUCAAUCUUAUCGGCCUAUUACGAGAACAUGCAGAUGUCUUUGCCUUCUCUGCAGAUGAAAUGCCCGGUAUCAGCCCGGACAUUAUAGUGCAUCGUCUGAAUGUGGACAAGUCAGUCAGGCCGGUAAAGCAAAAGAAGAGAAAUUUCUCCAAUGAAAAAAAUGCUGCAAUAAAAGAAGAAGUGGAAAAAUUGCUGGAAGCAGGGUUCAUAGAAGUUUAUGACUACCCCGAAUGGUUGGCCAACGGGGUCAUGGUAAAAAAGUCAAAUGGCAGUUGGCGAAUGUGCGUAGAUUUUACCAACCUGAAUGGGGCAUGCCCCAAGGACUGCUAUCCAUUGCCACGAAUCGAUAGACUAGUAGAUUCAACAAGUGGCCAUGCUCUUUUGAGUUUCCUGGAUGCCUUUUCAGGGUAUCACCAAGUCAGUUUGUGUAAGGCCGAUAGAAAGAAGGCCGCCUUCAUCACAGAUUCAGGGGUAUACAGCUAUAAGGCUAUGCCGUUUCGGCUGAAGAAUGCAGGAGCAACCUACCAGAAGUUGGUGGAUAGGGUAUUUGCUUCCCAGAAAGGGAGGAACAUAGAGGUAUAUGUGGAUGAUUCAAUAGUUAAAAGCCGAUUGGCCAACGACCACAUCGACGACUUGAGAGAAACUUUCGAAACUCUGAGGAGGUUCAGGAUGAAGUUAAACCCCAAGAAAUGUGUAUUCGGGGUCCGAUCGGGAAAGUUCUUGGGUUUCCUAGUAAGCGAAAGGGGAAUCGAUGCCAAUCCAGAUAAGGUAGAAGCAAUUAUGAAUCUACCAGAGCCCGGUUGCAUAAAAGACGUGCAAAAGUUAACAGGAAGAAUGACCGCAUUGACCCGGUUCAUUAGCAAAUCAGCAGAUAGGUCGUUGCCCUUUUUCAACGUGUUAAAGCAAAACAAGAAAUUCAAGUGGGGAGAAACAGAAAAAGCAGCUUUUGAGGCAGUAAAACGGCACCCGCAAGCCUUACCCACAAUAGCCCGACCAGAGGAAGGAGACACGCUGCAGCUAUACAUACCUGCUUCUCAGCACACAGUAGCAGCAGUACUGAUCAUAGAGAAAGAUAAAACAUAG